UGUCAGUUCUGACACUGUGCGAGCGUCUAGCCUCGUCUCUUUGUUUUUUCCUGGAGAAACGGGUCUUCUUUUUUCAAGAAUAAAUGAUAAUCCUGUUCCGCCAACUGACACCUAAUUGAAGACAGCAUCUAACACGGUCUUCGAUCUGCUACAGAGUAGGCCUGUGCAGGCAUGGAGCCCUUGGCAGUGGAUGAUGACAUUUGCAUCCUUAAACAUGAGACGGCCUACACCGCUGCUGGCGAGAGUCCUGUAUCGGUGUGUGCUGGCGAUGAAUCUGUUGCUUCCCACUUCGCCCUGGUCACAGCCUAUGAGGACAUCAAGAAGAGGCUGAGAGACACAGAACGAGAAAAUACCUUGCUGAGGAAGAGGGUUAAGCAGCUGGAGGAUAAGCUCUUCAGGCCAGAGGCUCCUCCAUCAGAAGGUCCUCAAUACGUGAACAAAGCCUUCAGUGCUUACCGAGGUAUCUAUAUAGAGAAGGAAGACCUGCAGAUGGAGCUUAACAAACUGAAAAAGGAGAAGAGUGAGAGUGAGAGGUUGCUGACGGAGCAGCUCCAGGCCAAAGAGCUGGAACUGCUUCAGCUGAGGACGGAGAUGGAGACUAGCCAAGGUACAGUGAUGAAGAGCCUGAACAGCCCUCAGGACUACUGGCAGGUGGACAGGGUCAGCACUGAGCUAAAGAUCCACAAACUGCAGGAGGAGCUGGAGAGGGUGACACUGGAAAACAGCCGACUGCUGGAGAGAAGUGGGGAGGAGCCCCAUGGCCUUAACGGACCAGACUCGGACCAGACUUGUGACGCGAAGUAUCAUGCGAGGGAGAGGAGCAUGCAGCAGACGUACGAGGCGUUGUGCAGUGAGGUCACACGUUUCCAUUCAGAAAUGAAGCACCAAACAGGCCUGAUUAGGAAACUCAGGCCACUCUUCAGUGAAACAAGACAAGCUGCCUCAACAGUUCCAAUCCAGUGUCUGGACGACGUGGAAAAGAACAACAACCACGCAGUCCCUCGGGCCUCAGCGCCUCGGCCCCCUAGUGCCCCCCCACUGCCAUCAUGCUCCGGGCGCCCCUGCCCCCCCGCAGGCGGGCCGUCAGGCACCCUGCUGCCGGACAGUCUGAGGGAGGACUGCUGGUACAAUGGGCCCUGGCCCACCCAGAGCUGUUCAGGAGAGGCUUUGGUCGGCGGCGACACCUGCCCCGUCGUCCUGCCCCCGCCUCCCCUGAACCAGGCCUCCCUGGAUGACAGCUCGCGGUCCUUCCCCAGCCCACCCAAACCCAGCGAUGCCAUGUUCUGGGAGGGACACUCUGCUGCAUCCAACUCAUCCUCAAUUGGAAACUGCACUCCCAGGAGCCCUCCCAGUGCCGAGUGGGCCAAGCCCUAUUGAGAGGAACUUCGAUGAGAGAAUAGAUGAUUAAUUAGAGUGUUAUUGGAUGGAAAAUAAGUGAAUGGAUGAAUGGACUCUCCAACCCUGCCACAUAGCUACCACCUAACCUGCCUUAAGCUGAUAAGAUCACUCCUCUGGGCUGGACUGGACCUGCUGGUUGUGGGAACUAAUUGAGGCCAGAGGAGGCCUUCUCGAGGUAAAGACUGUCAUCUCUGCACACCGCAUCGGUGAACAUAUCUGACUUUGCAGAGCAAAAGUUGAUGAGAGACCCUCAGCCGAAUAAAUAGUUUGUCCGUGUGUAUGUGUCCUUGUAUGCACAUGCAUAAGUGUGUGCAAGCAUGCAUACAAGCAGUUUUAUUUGUGUGCAUGUGUGCGCAUAUACACACAUCAAACAGAGUGUGCCUGUGUGUGCAGAUCAGUGUGUGGGCAUCUAUUGUCUGCCUGUAUCUGUAUCUUGUCAUAAUAAACCUAAUAAGGCUCAAAGGGCCUCUUUCUCCAUUCACUGUGGCCAGUGAUCACUGGGGCCACAGCAUAAUACUAGAAUUUGUAAAACUGUACUCCCUCUAAUGCAAGUCUUUUUACAUUUGAACACUGUAAGUAUACAAGGUAUGUUUGUCUCAUGAUCGCGUGAAGGAGAUGAUUAGGGAUGAGGACUUGAUGUGAUUUUCUUGUUCUGUGAUGGAGACAGACGUACAGUCACUGUAGGAUAUUCACAGGUUUUGUUCCAAAUUUCAACAGCUACCAAAUCAAAUCUUCAACAUCUUUUUCUUCUUUGACAAGUCAUUUUCAUUGAAGUUCUUAUGGAUCAGUAUCAAAGUAGGCUGUGUGUCUGUAUGCUUACCGAAUCAUUUUUGAGAACGCAGUUACAGUAUUUUGAUUUUGGGUCGGACAUUAUUUUAAUCCCAAAAUGCAUUGUUUUCUGAAAUCAAACACUUCACCCUUACUGGCACCACAAGUUCAGCUAUUAAUGAUUUCACAGAAAUUCCACAACUCAAGCAAGCCCCCUCAAACCUACCUGUUAUCACGUAUUCAGCUCUCUCGGAACUACUGUCAGACGAUGUCUGUUGUGUUGUUUUCUUUUCUCCAUCGCAGAGGGACAUGUGGAUGGAAGGCUGUGCUUUGUUGGGUUUUUCUGUAGGACUGAGUUUGAAGAACUCGUGGAAAAGGCUUCAUGCACUACCCUGUAUGUGAAAGUGAUUAAGUUGGAAACCUCUUGAGGUUUGUGGAGAUUUGAAUUGCAGAAAGCGCCUGAACUCUGUAUUGUGCUGGUGUUAAUCUUUGAUACAUUUGUUUAGCAGUAUGACGUAAAUUCUGUGAAGAGGGAAGUUUCUCUUUUUAAGAGUCAGAUGAGUAUAAAAAAUUGAAAGACAUACAAAGGAAAACACUUUAUGAGUAGAAUACAAGAUGUAUACAGAGGGAAGACUGUGCAUAUCUGUAUAAAUGUAUAUGGUGGGCUUCAGUACUCUGCCAAAUGCGUCUUUGCACUUCAUAUCGUAGGUUUUGGUUUUUUCUCCUCCACCCCAAAGACUUCUGAUGUGUGUAAGAGCUGUCUGCGAUGGUGGUGAGACGUGAAGUCUGUUAACCUGAAGAAAUGUGAGCUGUGACUUGGUAAACAGGUGCACAAAGCACAAAGGCCCAUGGUUGUUGAAAAGACUUUGCUUAUCCAUUUUCUUCAAUCUGUUUCAUGAUAACUGUGGUCUUUUUGUUCAUUUUUAAGAAAUGUUAUUUUACAGCAGUAGUUUCAUACUUAUGUAAAUGAUUUGCAAACCAAAAUGCAAUGUACAGUAGAUAUGGAUUAUAUUUUAGAUUCCCUGCACUUCAGACUGUUUGUAAAUAUGAUCAAUUAAAUGAAGGAAAGGAAGUGACUGUGUGAGGUUGCUCUGUCUCUCCAUUCAUAUUUUUAGCCAAGAGGUUCAGUGGUUCCAUGUAAUAAAACUGAAGGCUUUGGCAUAUCAAGCUCCUUCACAGUUGAAAGCAGCAUUUCUUUUUGGCUUCCUGUCCUCGGACGUUUUUGAGGCAGUUAUUUUACACUUCAUGUCACUGUCACAACAGUUCCUACUGUCCACCACAAUGUCUCCAUACUACAAAUACAAAUGUAUCAACUGGCUGAUGUUCAGAACAUUUUAACAACUAAUGGUUUGAGUCACAUGUCUUUAAAAGGCUGAAAUUUUCAGGGUUCUGGCUGCUUGUGAAGGCUUUUGCAAUGUUGCAGACAAGCAAUUACAUAAUUUUAGGUUCUAAUUGGCAUCUGCCAUUACUUAAAAACUAGUCUUAAAAAGAAACAAGAAACACAGUGUAAUUCCACACUGUGCAUGAAGUAAUUAACAAGUGCUGCCUACUGAUAUGUUGUCGGAAACCUUAAAUGUAAGACAACCAGCCUCAGUCACCUGCCUCAUCUUAUAGAUUACAACUGUGGGGUCAGUUCAGCUGCCACUAAAAUGGUAAAAAGAGAAAACAUAUGCAAAGAACUAGGAGAUAACUGAACUCUGUCACUCUGACAGUGAUACCCCAUGACAGUAGCUCACUGACACCUUUACUCAUAAUGUGCCAUCUUUGAUCCAUCCAAGUGCACAUUGAGAAGUACAUGAGAGAUAGCCUGAACAGUCCAGCCCAUGUGAAAGCACAAUGAAAACAAAGGAAGGUAAAGUGCUUAUGAUGGAAAAACAAGAGAACCAAAAUAUUUUGGGUUUUUUUGAAUUAUUAUAUUUAUACACAAUUGAUUGAAUAAAGUGAUAAAAGUCUUCAAAAUCCUUCUUAAUUUACUCAUCUUCAGACUGUUGUGUUAGCGUGGUCUGACUGUGAGGCCGAUGCUCAGCUCAUUCAAUGUCAAACACAAUGUCUAAAUACAAAAGAAAUGAAAACCCAGAAAACUGUCAACCAAAGCUGUGCUAAUUAAAGCCAAUCAUGUUUAAAUGCUUAC